AUGACCCGAUUGCCGGAAGCCAUAAUUCACCUGAUACAGUCUUUCUUGAGUGAAGAAGAAGUUGCUCGAACAACUCUUAUCUCCAAAUCAUGGUACAAAGCUUGGCUAACUCGUCCAGUGCUCGUGCUCAGAUCAUCGGCGGCCGAGUUCUCGAAACUUGCAGUGAAGACCAUGCGAAGGUAUCAAGACUCCAACUUGAAGAUCGAGGGUUUGAGCCUAAAAAUUGAGGGAGCUACAAGUAGCGUCGAACCUGUUGCCCGCAGAUUGAUCGUGGAUGCCAUGAAAAUGGGAGCUACUGAUCUCAAUAUCGAAUUCAUCCUUCCCAAAUCCGUUCCUACCACAUUCGUUCUGCCGGCGGAGGUGCUCGGAUCUGAAACCCUCCUCCGAUUAUCUGUAAUCGGGUGUGUAAUUGAUGGAAACGUCGUCAACUGCUCGAUGCUCAAAUCACUCAGCUUGGACAAUGUUGUUUUGAAACGUGCUGAUAUGCUUAGAAUUAUGACUUCCUACUGCAAUUCCAUCGAGGAGCUGUCACUUUCAAACACUCAUCUUAUUUCUAAUUAUAAAUUAAUAUUGAGUGGGUGGGAUAUGCACUGGCUUCGUAAGCUUAAGCGAUUGUAUCUUGAGAUGGUGACUGUUGGUAGCCUCUUCUUCGACAACUUGGAAUCUCGGUUCCCUUGCUUGGAGGAUAUGAGCCUUGUUCGCUGCUGCUGUCACCCCAGACUUGUCAAGAGCUCUUCACUCAAACGGAUAAGCAUUGUGCAGUGCCCUGAAUUGAGAAUCAUGUUUGAAGUUCCGAAUCUUGCUGUAUUUAGCUAUUCAGGCGAGCACGUGCCGUGGUCCAUUUCUAUCAAAGCAAGGGAUGGAUGGGAGUCUCAUAUAUCUAUGGAGGUCCAUCACUUUCAGACCUCGUCAUGGUACCGAGAUUUGCACAAGCUCAUGACCUCAUCAUGGUACCGAGAAUUGCACAUGCUGUUGACUCAGCUGAGUUCAUCAAGAAUCAAUCUCUCUAUAAAUAUUAAUAUUGGGUCACGGUCUGGUUACGUGAGUGAUAUAAGCAUGAGUGAUAUACUUCGUGUUGUGGCGAAACCUGUAGCAGUAGAGAAUUUGAGGGUUGAGGCAGAAAAUGAUGUAGGUCGUAUUAUGCGUUGUCUAUUUCGUAUAUGUCGCCCCAAGUUGGUAACUCUUUGCUGGCUUGAUAGUGAGGUUUGGAUUUCAGACGACGAGCACUCCCUUAAAAAUCUGUGCGAGAAACUGAUGCCUUCGAAGAAGAGGCGUCGGAAUAUGUUUAAGGUGUUUGAUCUCAAGGAAGGGAAAGUGGAAGUAUACGAGGAGGAUGUAGCAGAAUGGCGGCCUCUUCUAUUGCAAGAUGCACUAACAACUCCUCCAACGGGACGUAAAGUUCGUUUCCACUUGAAGUGGUGA